AAGCAAUCUCGGCCUUUGACUAUUAAAAAUACAUGUUCUCAGGAAAAUCGCAAGGUUGAGUAGUCCGAAAUCAAUCUUUAAAGAGCGGCGUUAUGUUCGAAAACAAAAUUAAAGCUGAAUAUUUGUCUGGAUGUAUACACACAAAAUCAAGAAAUUAUUCAUUAUAUUCUAUUAUUUUUUUAUAGGGUGUUAUUUUUACGGUUAACUGCCUUUUAGUAUUUUUAAGUGCCUUAGUUUUUGAUCUCAUUGGCACGUGGCCGGUCUUCUUUUCGAAUUAUUGUUAGGGAAUGUUUUUUUUAGUAGAAACUGCCGUUCCAUUACCCAUCCAUCAUUAACCAUCCUUGUAAUGUGCAACUCGCUUAGUAGAAAAUCUGAGAGCAGGACUGCAAUGAUUGAAAACAACUUCAUUGAAAGCGAAAUAGAGCGCUACAAUAUGCGUAGCGCUGUCUCGCUUCCAUUGCAACAAUAGCUUGUUCACUAGCGCAUCAGAUCUCUACCUAAUUGUUUUCUGCAUCUCCUUUUAUUUACGGGAUAACUUUAUGAGAAGAGAUUAUUAUUAUCAGCCUUUAGUGUUCCACUUCAGGACAAAGGCCUCCUUCCCCGCUUUCCAUUUAUCUCUGCCCAUGGCUAACAGAAGCCAGUUUCGUGUGAAAGAAUCUCUACUUUAACACUUUACUAAUGAUAUAUGCUAUAUUAUAGGAGAAGACAGAAAUCAACGACACCUCACACGCCAUCAGCGCCCCCGUACCACGACACGGUGACGAUAGACUCUGACACGGAGCAGGACUACGAGCAACGGCGGCGGGAGUACUGGCACGAACAGCAUCGAGUGCAAUCACCUAUUAUGGUCUCAGAUUCGCCAGUCCACGAGGUGUCGGUCCGGUCGCGUGAUUACAGCCCGCGCCGUACGCGACGCCGCAGUCCGCCGCGCCGACGCCGCAGCCGCUCCCGCGACAGACAUCGUGACAGAGACUUCAAACAACAUCGGUCGCACAGCCGCAGCUCGAUGAAGCGGCGGCGCUCGGGCUCGCGCGGGCGACGCCGCGGGUCCACGCAGUCGCCGCCGCGACACCGCGUCAAACACAGGGACUUGUCCAGGGAGAAACACAGGGUGAAGCACGAGUCGCCCAGUCCACCGACGAUGUUACAACGCAAGAUAGACUUCAAAGAGAAAAUCAGUGAUACAAGCCUAUUUGCUGAACUGGUGAAAGACAAACAUAAGAGGGCCAAGAAAUUGCAAGAAAUCUUGAAUCAGAAGGAGGAAGAGUCUCAGGGCGCUCUGUCGAAUGCUACGUCGAACAACAACCCGGAGGUGCUGGCUAUCGACGAGUUGUCCAAUACUACCUGCGAUAGUACCACACAACCGCUGAAGGAGAACGGCUCAGCAUGUCCUCCUGCCCCCUCGGCCCCGGCCGUCGCGUCAGGCGGUGCGUCAGGCGGUGCGUCAGGCGGCGCGUCAGACGGCGCGUCAGGCUCGGGCGACGUGGUGGACAUCCCGAUGCCGGGCGCGCUGCAGCCGCCGCCCGAGUUCCCGAGCCGCGCGCCCGCCAACGGGGACGCCGCGCCCGCGCCGCCGCAGCCGCCGCAGCCCCCGCAGCCGCCGCAGCCACCGCCCGCUGAUGCCGCGCUAGAGUCAACACAGCCUGCCAAAGAAGACAGCCCCGUGGCGGCAGCCCCGCCGGCAGCAGCAGCAGCAACAGCAACGGCAACCAGUCCGUCACGACGAGCGCGCAGCACCAGCGUGGUGGAGACUGUAUACUACCAGAACACGCAGCCGCCGCCCGCCAAGCCCAAGAGCCUCACCAAGCUGCCCAUGCCGCCCAACACGCAGGUCGAAGACCUUAAAACGUUAGCUAACGAAAGCCCGCUGAGCACACCAUCUCCAUCACCCGUCAAGAAGCCUGAGAAGCCCAAGAAGACUGGCAUCAUGAACUUACCCAUGCCACCCGUGAUCCCGGGCUCGGAGGAGUUGUCUGGUGAGGAGCUGGACGGCGGCACUCCGCCGCCCGCCUCGCGCCGCGACCACUACUCGCACGUGUUCAGCAGAAGCAAGCAGGCAAGGGAUAACUCUGGUUCAAAGCUAAAACGGCCGCGUAUCCUGAAACGUCGCGGCUCCAAGGUGGUGCCCGUGGCGACGCCCACACACCACGCUAAGGACUGGGGAGAAAAAUGUGUUGAUGGCUUCCAGGUCAUCACGCAAAUCGGUGAAGGUACCUACGGGCAGGUGUACAAGGCCCGCGACAAGAACACCGGCCAGCUGGUGGCGCUGAAGAAAGUGCGCCUCGAGAACGAGAAGGAAGGUUUCCCCAUCACCGCCGUAAGGGAGAUCAAGAUCCUGCGACAACUUAACCAUAAGAACAUCGUCAACCUCAGAGAAAUUGUCACUGAUAAACAAGACGCCUUAGAUUUUAGGAAGGACAAGGGUUCCUUCUAUCUGGUAUUCGAGUACAUGGACCACGACCUGAUGGGUCUGCUGGAGUCGAAGAUGGUGGACUUCACGGAGUCGCACAACGCGUCCAUCAUGCGCCAGCUGCUGGACGGACUCGCCUACUGCCACCGCAAGAACUUCCUGCACAGAGACAUCAAGUGCAGCAAUAUAUUGAUGAACAACAAAGGCGAGGUGAAGCUGGGCGACUUCGGCCUGGCGCGGCUGUGGUCGGCCGAGGACCGGCAGCGGCCCUACACCAACAAGGUCAUCACGCUGUGGUACCGCCCGCCCGAGCUGCUGCUGGGCGAGGAGCGCUACGGACCCGCCGUCGACGUCUGGUCCAUGGGCUGCAUACUCGGGGAGCUCUUCCUCAAGCAUCCGCUCUUCCAGGCCAACGUGGAGAUGAUGCAGCUGGAGAUGAUCUCCCGCGUGUGCGGCACGCCGGUGCCGGGCGUGUGGCCGGGCGUGGUGUCGCUGCCGCUGUGGCACACGCUGCGGCCCAAGCGCUUCCACAAGCGCUGCGUGCGCGAGCAGUUCGCCUUCAUGCCGCCGCACGCGCUCACGCUGCUGGACCGCAUGCUGGAGCUCGACCCCGAGCGCAGGAUCUCCGCUGACGACGCGCUCAAGAGCCCCUGGCUCAAGAACGUGGUCCCCGACCAGAUGCCCGCGCCGGAGCUGCCGACGUGGCAGGACUGCCACGAGCUGUGGUCCAAGCAGCGGCGGCGGCAGCAGCGGGAGCAGGAACAGCAGGGCAAGGGCAAGCCCUACGGGUACGCGCCCGACGACAAGGACGCGCCCAAGAAUGACAACCAGGACUACAAGAGUGAGCCUUACAAGUCCGAGAGCGGCUUCAAAUCCACUGAGCCCGCGCCCGAGGCCGUCGGACAAGUGAAAUAGUACACACUUUAUUGUAAAAAAUACUUUCGUAAAAGAAAGAAACGGUGCUUACUUUAGACCAAUUGACGAUGUGAUCUAGAAUAAUUUGUCUGUGGUGUGUGCGUGACGUUGUGGUGUCGCGGGUUCCGUGCGGCAGUGCGGUUAUGUGCCUAGUCUAAAAUUUCAUCUACAAUUUAGCUCCUAAGAUGAAGGCUGUGUUCUUCAAGAAACUUUAGCACUGUGCUAUGCUUCUUGCACAAUUUACGAAUUUUCAGUACAAAAGUGUGACGAAAUUUUUCUUGUAUCCCAUGAACGGAUAUAAAGUCUGAGUAAAGACUCAAAAUUCCUCCAUGUUUAUAUAAAACUUAUGUAAGUAACGUGUUAAAGUGACGAUUGAAUUUGGAAAUGUUUGUUGCGGAACCCUGUGAAGCAAUUAAUUUAUUGCGUUGAGUGGAACGCGUACCAAAAUGUAUGAUAAAUAGUGUUAACCAAAGUAUCGCAUAGCGCUAGUUACCCACGGAAGCGGACGGUGUCGACCGCCCUGUGCAUAUGAUUGUAAAUAUUGUAAACUAGGAUAAUUUAAAACUAAUUUCAUUUUAGCGAAACGACUUGUUUUAUUUGUGUUAAAAGUCCUUGUGGGUUGCACUCAUGUCCUGCAGUUGACAACAAUGUACAAUCCUCCUGAUGCUGCUGUGUCCGUUCCAUUGCUUAUUAUAUUGCUGGCAGAGAACAAACUGCGAAAGGCUUCAUGAUCUCUACCUAUCUCUUGCCUAGUCUCUGUGUCAGAGUUGUCUGCCUGCAAGCCGAUUUCCUAUACCUCACUUCUUCAGUUCCUCACAUGUAGUUUGUUAAUCGUCAUAAAUCUACUAGAAACAUGACUGUUGCAACAUAAUGUGUUGCCAAUCUAAAAAUUGUUAUGUUGGUAACGUAAUUGUUUGUUAAUUAAUUAAUGCAAAUAGAGCAUAAUAGUUUUAUAUCCUUUUUCCUAUUCCACUAUUAAAUAAGACCAUAUGCGCCUCAGAAUAAAGUUUGACAGAAGCUUAUGUAUUUUUGAUAAUUAAAAUAAAUUUCCAUUUUAUCCAAAAAGAUUUCUAUAGAAUUUCUUACUAUUGCAAGAAGUUGAGACAUGAAGCUAAGUGUUAUUUAUCAAAUCAUUUAUUUCGAAAAGGUAAUAAUAUUAAAAAAGUCAUGCUUCACUAGGAACUUGCCUUUUUCGCUUUACAAUUAUAUUGUUCAUGUGUGAAAAGGUUGGAUAGAAGUGACAAUUUUGAUGUGAUACAGAGCCUAAUACAUGCAUGUUGAUCAGGUAUUCUACUCCAUAAUGAGGUAAUCUAACAAGUGUACCUAUCAAUAAUCAAGUUAUUUAUAAUCUCCAUUUUAUUCAUAUUUAUGUCAUUAAGUGCAAUAAUCUUGUCAAGUUACAUACAUAAGGUUUAUUAAAGUCUAUAAUGUUAUCCUCACAUUAGAGUUUGUAUGUUAGACAGAUAAUCUUAGUCUGGGAAUACUGUGAUUAUGUAUCAAUCGGAAUUGAGUUGUUUUUAUCUCAGUUGUUUCGCGUACUUUUAUAAUUAUAAGGUUUUUGUUGGGUCCCAAAUGUUAAGAUAACGGGCGACAUGAAUAGUUGAAAAUAUAGAGUAGAGAGAAUUUAAGUCUGCCAAUUCAUUUGCCUUAUUUUAUUUUCAAUUACUAUAGCCAUAAAACGUAUAGACGUGUUGUAUAUUUUUAUAACCUUAAAAAUACAAAAUCAAACAGAAUCUUUUUUCAUGUUAACUUUGAUAUGUUGUUUUAUUCAACUAUUUAUACCGUCUCGUUUAUAUAGUAAGUAGGUCCUAACUAGCAAUAAUAUCGACACGACCUAGUUGGCAUUUAUAUGAUUAAGAAUGUUUGUAUAUUUGAGUUCCAUGCAUCCGCAACAGUGAUGUUCUUCUAGUUAAAAGAUUACUAAUAUAUAUUUAUAUUAUCACGUUGUUGUUCACAAAAUAUAUAAUUGGAUGUAAAAAAUAACUUAUAACGUUAGCGUUAUUUUUUUAACACAAGUGUAAAUACGAAUGAGUGCGUAUGCUGUUGCGUUUUCCAAGAACGUAUCUUCCAUGAAUUAGUUAAAUGUAUAUACAAUAAUAGGAUAUACUCCCUCUGCAUUUGGUAACGAGCAAAUGAUCUUGUUAGGGAAAGCGAAAAUUUCAGCGUCCAGCAAGCCUUACAGUAGCCUUAUUCAUUUGAAGACUUGUAAGAAAUGAGUAGGAGAAUAUAUAUUGUUAUAAAUAAAUGUUGUCACGGCCCCUCCUAGAAGGCAGGGCCAGUGUAAAUAAAUAAUGAAAUAUAUUAGAACGACAUAACCAAGAGUAGAUUAUUUUUCUGUAAAUUAUAUUUUCUUUACUAUAGAUUACAAUAAAAUAGUCAAACACUAAAAAAGCUUUGCGAAUUUUCGCUUUCCUUUUGUAAAUAAAGUCCGUCGUCGCAAGUCAAUGACUAAAAGACUAUGUUUCCAUGUAUUAUAUUAUUUUUAAGAUGCGAUUUCUGUCGUGGAAAUAAUCCGGAGUUUCGGAGAUAAUCGUUUUUUUUAUAUUUUGUAUGGUGUGCUAGUUUAGGGCAGUAUAGUUUCUUAUAUGAUAUCAAUUGAUUUUUGUUAAAAAUUAUGGGGUGAUUCUGGAAUUGUAUCAUCAAUUAUAUUGUUGGUUGCGGUAAACUUUAUUACGGAUUUGCUUGUGCCAAUAUAAAACGAUAAAAGGCAAUCCGUCCGCAAGAUAAUGUUAUGUUUAGGUAAAAGUCACGCGGCGAGCGUUCCGUGUUCGAUACACAGUCGCAACUCUGGCCUAGCAUGACAAAAUAUUUUUUGGCGCGGAAAGCACGGUAUAUACAGAUUAUAAGACUUCAGACCUCGAUACCAUGUUUUUCUCAUCCGCCAUAAAAAUACAUUGUUACUGAUCAAAUCAUCUGUCAAACAAGUCUCCGGAAUUUGAAUAAGGUUGUUUAUUUGUUACUUCAAUAUCUUUUGUUUUAUAAUAAGACUGAAGUUGACGACGCGGGCGAUUGUCUGUCACGAUAACUCUGGAUUGUUUUUAUCACAUUUUAUGAUAAUAAUAAUUGUAAAAAUGUACCUAAUGUUUUUUAAAUAAUUAUACUACGAUGAAAUACGAUUUUCUUUUCUUACUUCACUAAUGCAAGGUGAUCAUCCCAAUAUUCUAGUCUGAAAUAAAACAACAUGUUAAUUAAAAUACAUUUAUUUCAAAUGACUGAAGGAACUGGCGUAUAUAAGGCACUUAUUUGUGCCGACUCUAAAUAUGGCCACAGGUAUAGCCAGACCAAUUGCGAAUGACACAUUUAUUACUUUGCCGGACAUAGGUUACAUCAACAGCUUCAAGUCUAAUUAUGUUAUGCAUAAGUAUAUGCAUUAGGCC